AUGAGUUAUAACCCAACUGAGCCAUUACCUUAUGAUUCAUCCGAUAAUUGUCCUAUAUAUAAUCCCUUUGCAUCAUCAAGUGCCAACGAUGAAGAAGAGAGCGCCAGAGAAACUUCACCAUUGAAGAAAGCUAGAAGAGUUGUAUCGUCAAAUUCCUUAUCGGCAUUUCUACAAAGAACCAAAAGGGAAAGAAUUGGAAACAGAAGCAGAAGAUCAAGUCGAUGGUUGAAAGGAGAUGACGUGGAUAGUAAUCAUAGUGUGGGGGAUGUUUGUAAUUCAUCCUUUGCAUCAUCCCCAUCAUCUUCUGAUUUGGAAAGUUUACCGGAUUUAACUGAUGAUGAUGCUGAUACUCCAGAAACAACUCCAGUGAAACCAAUUCAUAAAUUUACAUUCCUAGAUACUGUUUCACCCAGAGGGAAGCUCUUCUUUGAUGACGGUUUCACCAUCCAACAGCAACCACAGACACAAUCACCUACAAUACACAAGCAGACUAAAGUUUCCAUAUUUGAUGUUCCUGAACUCGUUCAUCGUAUACUCUUGUUUGUGGAAGCACAAAACGAUCAUCAGCCUCAUGAAGUCACCUCUAUUCGAAGAAAACCAUUGAGUUAUAAUCAUGCAUUGUUGAUUUACGGGGAUAAAGAGCUGGCUCAACAAGCAAUGGCUGAAGAUGGUGAGAAGCAUCAACAACAAUACAACAACUCUACCAACCCUUUAUUCAACUGUCUUCUUGUUAAUAAACUAUUCAAUAGAAUCACUCGAGAGCUACUUGCUAAGAAGUUCUACUUUUCCAACGAUAUUCAAUUUAACAAAUACGUCACCACCACCACCACAACAGCUACCCCAAUCAACUUUCAACCACAGCUGUUUAAUCUUCAUAAAUUAUUCCAUAGCAACCUGUCCCUAUUCAACAAGGCAAUAACCAAUAUUAAUUUUCAUAACCUCACUUCAUUUGAAUUAUUUAUGUGUCCCAAAAUAUAUCCAUCAUGGGAUAUUUUUCAAUCAUGUGGAUCAAAAUUACAAAAAUUAAUAGUCACCGGAUCCAAAACAAUUGACGAUAACUUUUGCUACAUGAUUAGUCAAUAUUGUCAAAACCUCACUUGUUUGGACUUGCGUGCUUGUGAAUUAAUUACUGAUUCUGGACUAUAUCACAUCUUCAGGAGCAACCACAACUUACAAGUGGUCAAUGUUGGUCGUAAAAAUAAAGGUCAUUUGAUUACCAAUACUUCAAUUGCAGUUUUAAUUAAAAACAAUUGUCAUUUGCAUACAUUAGGACUUGCUGGUACAUAUAUAUCUGAUGUUGUGUUGUGGCAAAUUGGUCAUACUUUGAAACAAAUCUCGCGAUUGUCAUUAAACAAUUGUCCUAGGUUGACAAACUCCGGAGUUGCUAGUGUCCUAAAUCAAUCUCGGUUUUUUCCUCAUUUGAUAGUAUUGGAAUUGAGAUUUAAUUUACAAUUGACUGACUUAACAAGUUUGAUUCAUUUUAAAAAUAGAAAGAAUUAUCAAUACUAUCAUCAAAAAAACCACAAUGGUGAUCCUUGUGGAGAGUUGUUGCUAAUUGAGUUAUGUGAAACUCUUAUGUAUAGAAUGAGACGUCAAGAAUUGGAUUUAGAUAAGCUUAUAUCCAAUAAGAUCAUGAAUGAUAUCUUGUAUUGGAUCAACGAUCAAUGGGAAAACGAUGGUGAUUUACCAUAUAUGGAGUUAUUAAAUAGCAGAAAGAGAAAGCGUCAAUAG